GAGUGAGUCGGAGCUCGGCCUCUCCCCAGCACGUUCUCAGCCGCUCCUGGUUCAGACCCAGCGAGGGAGCGGGGCUCACUGUACCCCGGCGGGCACGACUCCCGGGCUGCCGAGAGCUCCCACGUGUCGGGCGCUGCGAGCCUCCGCGGCGGCAGAGCGGGCAGGACGCUAGAGCUCCAGGGGUGCCUGUGGGCUCCAGCACCUCUGGCUUCCCGGGUCCCCCGCGGCGACAGCCUCCGAGACUUGCUCAACCCCAGAACCACCGCGGAACGAGGUCCAGAUUGAGAAUCCACUGCAACUACGGACAUGGGCAGCAAGACCUUGCCAGCUCCAGUGCCCAUCCACCCAUCCCUGCAGCUCACCAACUACUCCUUCCUUCAAGCAGUGAACGGCCUGCCCACAGUGCCCUCGGAUCACCUGCCCAACUUGUAUGGUUUCAGUGCAUUGCACGCUGUGCACCUGCACCAGUGGACUCUAGGCUACCCGGCCAUGCACUUGCCACGCUCCUCUUUCUCCAAGGUGCCUGGAGCGGUCUCCAGCCUGGUGGACGCACGCUUCCAGCUGCCCGCCUUCCCCUGGUUCCCUCAUGUCAUCCAGCCCAAGCCGGAGAUCACCGCUGGAGGCAGCGGCCCAGUGCUGAAGACCAAGCCGCGCUUUGAUUUCGCCAACUUGGCCCUAGCCGCCACACAAGAAGAUCCCUCCAAGCUUGGCCGCGGGGAGGGCCCCGGCUCCCCCGCGGGUGGGCUAGGCGCGCUCCUCGACGUGACCAAGCUGUCUCCAGAAAAGAAGCCCACGAGGGGACGCCUGCCUUCCAAGACCAAAAAGGAGUUCGUCUGCAAGUUCUGUGGCCGCCACUUCACCAAGUCCUACAAUCUACUAAUCCAUGAGCGGACGCACACCGACGAGAGGCCCUACACCUGUGAUAUCUGCCACAAAGCUUUCCGGAGGCAAGACCACCUACGGGACCACAGAUAUAUUCACUCCAAAGAGAAGCCUUUCAAGUGUCAAGAGUGCGGGAAAGGAUUCUGCCAGUCCAGGACUCUCGCUGUCCACAAGACACUGCACUCACAGGUGAAGGAGCUCAAAACCUCCAAGAUCAAAUGCUAAAUCGAGCCUCCGGGUGACCAGGAUCCUGGGCCACGCUGCCUCCUCCUCCAGAGGGACCUGAAGCCGAAGGCGACUCUGGCGGGCAGCAGGAGGGGCGCUCGGGACCGUCCCCCACCCAACAAUGUCCCCCGGGUCCCCGGCGCACGCGGCGCUCCGGAGCCCCGCCCGGGGCCGUGACCCCGACCGCCCGGGCGGCUCCCCUUGGACGCGGCUAAACUCUUGGCCAACAGGCGGUACUCACGUGGCGGAAGGAAAACUGCAUUAAAAAAAGAACGAAAGCUCCGCGGAGCCGCAGCGGCGCCUCUCCCAGAAGUAUUACUUUUUCUAUUGUUAUUUUAUACGUUUUCUUUAUUAUUAUGUUUUUUUUUUUUCUUUGACCAUAUAAGCUUAUAACUCUGACUGCGGAGAGCGAGGGGAGAGAAAAAGGAACUCUGCGCUCUGGCAGCUUCCAGCCCCGUCUCGCGUCCCCAUGCCCACCCCCGGGAGCCUGCAAAAGUGUAAUCCGUGUAUCCGCUUCAGCCGCCCGGCCCCUGGGACCGCGGGGCGGGCGGCGCCCCCUUCCAGCGCCCGCCGCGCAGUCGGCCGUGGGCUCCCGGACUCGGACGCCGCCGGGGCGGGGACCUCGGGCCCGGGGGGCUGCAGGGCGCCCGGCCUCCUCUGGCUCCCCUGCUCCGUCGCCGCGUCACCGCGAGCGAGCAGCCGGCCAGGAGCCGGACGUUGUAUUGCGAUUGGCACUUUAUGCUGACCAUCGGUAACGGACAUUUAUCACUGGAGUUUUUUUUUUUUUUUUUUUUUUUAAACUAUUAAAUAAACGGUUAUUUUACAGGCA